AUGGCAACAGGAGGAAGGUCCGGCACUGCAACCACUACAACGACAACUAAAGCAAUUGACCAUGUCCCGUCAACAGACUUUGCGCCGCUCUAUCGCUCAGUUUUCACCAUUCAGAGUAGCACCAAUCCAGCGCUAUCCACCUUGCUCGCACGCCUCCAAUACUGCAACUGCAGCUACCUAUGCACAAAAGGCUACGCUCCAACUCUCCUCCAACUAAAACAGCACGCCCAAGCCCUCGUCAUCCUGAUCAAAAACGUCACCGUCAACACGAUCCCCGCGCUAAUUGACAAUGUUAACACCCGGAUCCCAGGUGGACAAAACGCUACCUUCAACGAUGGCGAGACCUACGAUUUCCUCAACGAUCUAAAUAAAGCCUACGAUGGACCCAACAACGCGGAUUACAUGCACCAUCACACCAUGCCCUUGCACGCACUGAUGAACAUCGUAGAAGAAAACGAGGAUCCGCUAACCGGUCACCUAUCAACCAUAAACAUCUGCCCGAUGCACAACGCCUUCCCCAGUAAACCCAACGGCAAAUCGCUCCCCUACGCGCAACACCAAAGUCUCAUCGCCCACGCAAACGAGAUCCUCGAGCUGCUAGACCACGAAUACAGCGCCAAAGGCGGCAUCCUCUCCAUCCUCCCAGACAAAAACUCCACGGACCCAGAAAUCAAGGAACAGUACGAGAAAUCGCAAACCACGCUCCUGGGCCAGAUGAUACAACAGCACCGGCGCCUCGUGAUGCGGAUCCACGACCUCGAGCGCGUGUACAGCAACGCCCUGGAUGCCCUAGCCGGCGAGGCCGCCGUGCCCAGCCAGCAGCUGAACAGACUCGGUCCGGACGCGCGAAAGGGGCGCGAGGUCGUGUUCCCGCAGGAUCGGUUCGUGCUCGCGAACUGCGGGGAGGACCUGUGGGAUUUCCUCGAGUACGAGUUCACCAAGAAGGAGAACUCGGACGAGGCGGUGCGGUUGAUGUACAAGAACAGCGGGGUCGUGGGGGCGGAUAUGUGGCGUACGAAGGGGCUGAAGGAGUACGAGCGUGGUGUGACGGCGUUGGAUAUCACGACGCGGUAUAUUCGUCUCCGGAAGGAUCCUUUGAAGACUGUUUUCGUUAUUCCGGCUCAUGAACAUCAUCCUGGGACCAAGGCUACGAGGGAUAUGGAGAAGGUGCCUACGGUGGUAAGCGUCGUGAAGCCAAUCUGGCCGGAACGACAAAGUAUAAUGGAGAUGAAGACCCGCGACGACCUCCAAGAGCUCAGGCAACUACGCAUCAACCAUGAUAGAACGAAGCACGAGCUCGAGGUCGCAAACAACGCCCGC